AUGGCACACGGCGAGCUCAGGCAGAGCAGCACUAGGCGUGUGGUGGUAGAUCGAAGUCGGCUGGGUCCGGGCUUCGUUCUAUGCCAGGUGUCGGAGGCGCUCCGACCUGCGUCUCCAUCGCUUUGGAUGUCAUCCAAAAUUCUGCGGCCAGUCUAUUGGCUGAGAUUCCACUCACGUGCAUCAACGACAGUGGGCGAAAUGCGGCAGCGGAAUCUGCAGUUGACCUCGCAUCCGCCCAUCUUUUGCAGUCAAGCUCGCGUGGUCUGCAUCUUUCUAGCACUUCGCAAGGGACGAUGCCACUUAUUUCAGGACUUGGGCGAGCUUCUUGUCCUGGCUCGCAUGCAGUCGGACGGCUGGCGACCAUUUAAGGCAUUGAGAUGUUUGCAAAUUUUGUGA